UCACGAGGGUAUUUCCGUCUCUAUAAGUCAAUAAAAUCUUAGAAAACAGUGGACCCGUCGUCUCCGGCGAUUUCUACUCUGCUUCAGACAGACAAAAGAAACUUAAUUUUCUCUUCCCCUUGCCGCCGUCGCCGUCGCCGUCGCCGUUGUUCUUUUGUUAUCCAAAAACGAAACCCCACCUAACCCUUCUUCCUUUGCUUCUACUUCACCGCAGACCAGAAACUGAAAGCUCCGCCCCAACUAGAAUCGUUGGGCGUUGAUAUUAAAUGAAAUGGCGGAAUCUAAAGCAUUCCCUAGGCGGCGGGGGUUCUAUGUCAAAAUGAAGCUCUCUCAUCACAAAAAUGGCAGAGCUCAAGAAAAAAGCUUCUUCAUUAGAUAUUACAAAUGGGUUCUCUGGGUUUCUCUGUCUCUUUACUUUUUUACUUCUUAUUACAUUAGCCAUAGCCAUAAGUCCCAUGGAACCGCCGCUCGGAUGACCAAAACCCAUGUUUCUCGAGCCCUCGUCGAGUCUUCCAAUGGUCAAUUGAAAGAGAUGAGGGUUUUCGUGUACGAUUUGCCGCCGAAAUACAAUGUGGAGUGGCUUUCAAAUGAGCGGUGUUCGAACCACUUGUUUGCUUCGGAGGUAGCCAUUCAUAGAGCCCUGUUGAACAGUGAUUACCGGACAUUUGAUCCACUUGAAGCGGAUUUCUUCUUCGUCCCUGUUUAUGUUUCUUGUAACUUCAGCACCAUUAAUGGCUUCCCCGCCAUUGGUCAUGCCCGUUCCCUCAUUGCCUCCGCCGUGGCCCUCAUUUCCUCCCAUUAUCCCUUUUGGAAUCGCACCAAUGGCUCCGACCAUGUUUUUGUUGCAUCACACGAUUUCGCCUCUUGUUUCCAUACUAUGGAGGAUGUAGCCAUAGCUGAUGGAGUACCAUUGUUCUUGAAGAACUCGAUUAUAUUGCAGACAUUUGGCGUAAACUUCAAACACCCAUGUCAAGAUGUUGAACAUAUCGUCAUUCCGCCGUACAUUUCGCCGGAUUCCGUACAGGACACCCUUAUGAAGUCGCCGGUAACUGGCCGGAGAGACAUUUUCGCGUUCUUCAGAGGUAAAAUGGAGGUGAAUCCAAAAAAUGUCAGCGGACGAUUUUACAGCAAGAAGGUGCGGACGAUGAUUUGGCGAAAAUUCAACACCGAUCGGAGAUUUUACCUCCAGAGGCACAGAUUUGCCGGUUACCAGUCAGAGAUUGUACGGUCAGUUUUUUGUUUAUGCCCAUUGGGGUGGGCCCCAUGGAGCCCCAGGCUGGUUGAAUCCAUAGCCUUGGGUUGCGUGCCGGUAAUAAUAGCAGAUGGUAUCCGGUUGCCAUUUCCAUCGGCGGUGAAUUGGCCGGAGAUAUCCAUAACCGUGGCAGAGAAGGAUAUCGGUAAAUUGCGGACGAUUCUCGAACACGUGGCAGCUUCCAACCUUACUACUAUCCAAAAGAACUUGUGGGACCCAAGGAAUCGGCGGGCCCUGCUGUUCCAUAAUCAGGUACAAGAAGGCGACGCCACUUGGCAGGUGCUUCGUGCCCUUUCGGAGAAGCUGGAUAGGUCAUAUAGACGAUCAAGGAUUUCGAAGCAAUAAUAUAACGCCACGUAAUCAGUUAGUGGUCCCCACUAAAGACGACCAUCGUUCCUACGUGGAUGUAGUUGAGCAUAAUGAAGAUGGAAGACAGCUGGAGAUAGUAUGAAACUGGCAGCCGAGUGAUGAAUAGUGUAUUGUAUUGUUUAUUGUGGGGCUCGAACCCAGCUGGGGUAAUGUCCAUCCAAUCAGGAAGGGAGGUGAGAAUCAACGUGGCGGCAUAAGAUUGGUUAGGGUAAUCAAGCAAAUAUAAUGGCAGGGAUUCUCUUCUUCCCCUCGUGAAAAUAUUAAUGGAAGCCCAAUAAAACAAGGAUGGGCGCGGCUUUGUAAAAUACCGAAAUAAUGCAAACAAAUAACUUUUUUGAUUU